CAUUCGGGGUGAUGGUUAGCUAGGGGCGUGCUAUGUGGUGAAGUUCAUUUUUAAGAGUGUAGCUACACAGUUUACUUGGGUUUAUUUGUCUCAGAUCUGUGUGCGCUUGUCUGCAAAUGCAUGUUAAACGUAGUCGUUGCAGUAAUUUGCAAGGAUGGCGGCAAUGAACUAGGGCUCUGCGGGAAAUUUCCGGCGAUCGACAGCGGUGUACGACGAGCCUACACCUCCUUGAGGUCGUGAAUGGCGUAAGCCAGGCAGAUUCCAACGAUGGGUGGACUAGAAGGACAGAUACACUGUAUCGCUUCUUCGGGAAGGAGCAAAUCUAUCGGUAAUGGCUAGAUAGUGGGUUAGCAGAGGCAUAGGCUUCACAUUAUAUUCAUUGUGAUCCGUGAAAGUACAGGACAAUACCGAAGUGGAAACACACAGUGACGGUACAACGACACUCUUAGAACUUUGUUGAGGGCGACUUUAUGGUUUUGUUUACCUUUGUAUUCCUUAUGAGGUAAAAUCAUGAUUGUGAGAGUGAUGAUGGUUUCAGACAUAAAACAAAAAAUGUAUGUGCCAUUUCCUUGCUGCUUAUUGCUAUGUCAGUGGCGUAGCCAGGGGGGCGGUCUGGUGGUUCAACCCCCUCAUGAAACCAUACCAUUUGGGAAAGGGAGAAGGGAGAGAACCCUCCACUGCAAUGUAAAUCUCCCAUGGGACCCCUACCAAAAUAUUUUUCUAGCUACACCACUGUUCUAUGCAGAUGUUCCUGUUCAUUUGCACUUCACUAUGCGCUACCUGUUCAUUCACUAGGCAUGUGGACAACUGUGGUGCUAGCAAGCACAUGGAGGGAGGUCUGCGACUGUGGACAUCAGGCCAUCUACAAAAGCUGGAAUUCUAUGCGCGGAAGAGCCCUGAUACGACAAAAGUCAGAGCUGAGGUUUUGGCAGCGAUGGCUACGAGGAAAACAAAUGCUGCGGCUGCUGAACUCUCCAGGGAAAAUGGAACAAUACUACGGUGCAAAUGCGAGUGCAGAGCUGGAAGCGGCGAAGUAUGUAAGCACGUCGUUUGCGUGUUCUACGCCUUGAGCUACAUCGCUACUCACGACCUAAAAGUUGUGCCCGAAGAAAAAGCUUGCACUGAAGGGGAACGGCAGUGGUACCACUCUCGUAAGCCACUCGAAGUGAAGAAAAAUGUUGAGCAACUCGAGUUCGUGAAGGACACUUGUGCAAGAGUUAGUGGUGCACGCGAUACCAUAAGGAAAAGAAAAGCAUACGAGUCCCUUCCCGAAGAACGAAGGAACGUUGAGAGGCUUCGUCUUAUCCACCUUGUCGAUCUGCUCAGAACUCACGGACUAGGGUUUUGGGCGGAUAUUUUGGAAAGCAAUGACUUUACUCCAAACGAAUUGCAGGCAGUGAACCCGACAGACACACAGACCUGUGUUGAAAGCACUGUUCCCACCUUAAUGGAUAUGAUCUCCCAAUCACCCGUACCAAGCACUGAGGAUGUUUAUGAACAGCUCUGCCAUCUUCAUAGCUCUCAGACAGUGACAGACAUUGAGAAUGCAACGAAAGAGCAAAACAGUUCUGAGUGGCACCAGCACAGAAAAGGAGUUAUCACCGCAUCAGUGUGCUAUAGGGUGUACACUCGAGUACAUACCAUUCGGAACAAAUAUGGCCCCCAUAAUGUGCUCCCACUUCUUAAUCAAAUCUGUGGUAAGGCCCAGGUUAUAACACGGGUCAUGCAAGAUGGAAUAGACAUGGAACCAAAGGCCAAGGAAGUGUACUUGCAACUGCACAGGAAGCACACAGACCACCGUGAAUAUACGAUUGAGGAACUGGGGCUGGUUUUGCAUGAAUCCUAUCCCUUUAUUGGGUGUAGUCCUGACGUGUUGUUGCAAUGUAAAUGUGAAACAAAACUUGUGGAAAUCAAAUGUCCUAAGGGUAUGAAAGCAUUUAUGGAUUCCUAUACCGUCAAUGGUAAAAAAGUAAAGCGAACAAAUGUGUACUUUGCGCAGGUUCAGAUGCAGAUGGACGUAUGUAAGGUGGAUACAUGUGAUUUAUUCGUCCAUGACAGUGAAGGUGAAAUUUUUGUUAUCACGGUACCUUUCGACCGGACAUUUUAUGACGACCUGGUGGAAAGAUGUGUCUUCUUCUUCAAGGAGUAUAUCCUCCCAUAUUUGCUUCGUGAGAAAACUGUAACGGUGUGAAAAGUGCAAUAUUUUUUGUGUAAGUUCAGUGGGCACCCUGGAAAUGGCGCGUGCUUAAUAUAUGUACGACCCACAGCCCAGCUCACAGCCCAGGCACUAUAAGCUAGUCUUGUGUAGAGAGAAGACCAAGAUCGGAUGAGCGCGUGAUAGAAAUUAUCGCCCGUAUUAUAGCGUACAAGUUGCUGUGGCAUAUUGUAUUUUACUUGGAAUAAUUCAGAUGUUCUCGGGUGCACCCUUUGUUACAAAUGUAAGCUGUGAUAUCAAACAAACAUUCAGAUAGCUUCACAUAGUCAGGUAGUUUAUUUCAGGAAAUUAAAAAGAAUGAAAAUGAUUUCUAUACGCCUCAAGUGCAUCUCUUCUGACUGUACAGUACACGUGAUCGUGCCACGCCGAGAAGUAGAAGUCACACCAGGGGGCGGUGCCCAUGACAAUGCUGGCUC